AUGGCUACCCCCAGUGUUCUCGCUUUUGACGCUGAGGGUCGGGCCAUUGACUUUGAGGUCUGGGUAGAUGACCUGCAGCUUUUCCUACAGUGCGAUAGGGCAGACGGUCUCUCCCUCUUUGACCUCACCUCUGGCGCCUCCCCUGCCCCUGCUGCUGACGCUGACGCCACUGUUCGCUCCCAGUGGGCCACGCGCGAUGCUGCUGCACGUCUUGCUGUGCGUCGCCACCUGCCUACCUCCGAGCGCGCGCACUUUAGUCAGUACAAGAGUGCUCAGACCUUGUACGACGCUGUAGUUGCGCGCUACUCCUUCCCUGCCACUGCUGCACUGAGCCAUCUCAUGCUACCGUACCUCUUCCCUGACCUUACUGCCUUUCCCACAGUCGCUGACCUCAUUACUCACCUCCGCACUAUCACUCGCCUCCGUGACUCCCUUCGCGUAGUCAGGGACCACUUUCUCUCAGUCUGUCCCACCACUCUCACUGUUGACCUCCUCGAGAAGUCCCUCCUAGCGGCCGAGAAGAGCAUAGUCGCUGUAGGGGCCUCUCGUGGUGACCCGCGCACCCCCAUCUUUGAGGGGUGUUCCCCCUCCCCCUUACUGCCCUCUGUUGCCUCUACUGCUGCGGCCGACCUCCUUGGUCUUGAGUCGGUCGGUGCGGCGUCUGCCCCUAGCCGGAGACGCCGCUCUGGCAAGGGCAAGGGGGGCAGGGGCACUGGAGGGGCGAGCGGGGGCGGUGGAGGUGGAGGUGGAGGCGGCGGGGGGAGUGGGGGUGGCGGUGGGAGUGGUGGUGGGGGUGGAGGUGUCGGUGGCGGCAUUGGUGGCGGAGGCGGCGGCGGCGGUGGCGGUGGGAGCGGAGGUGGCGGAGGUGGCGGCGGUGGAGGAGGCGGCGGAGGCGGCGGUAGUGGCGGAGGCGGCGGUAGUGGCGGAGGCGGCGGAGGCGGCGGUAGUGGCGGAGGCGGCGGGGGUGGCGGUGGAGCUGGUCGCGGGUCUACGCAGAGGAGUGGCUCCAGUGGUGGUCCGCGCCAGCAGCAGCAGCGCGGUCGUGAGACCCUGUCCCCUCAGCUGCUCCGUGGGUGGUACACUGCACGCCAGCGGGGUGGGGGUUUUGGUCCGUGCACCUACGUCCUGCGCACCGGCGACCGUGCGGGUGAGCAGUGUGGGGGUGCACACCCCACCCAGCGCUGCUUUGGCCGCCUGACGGACGCGUGGCGUCACCAGUUCCCGGAGGCCUCCGAGAUCCCUCGCUGGGGCGAGCUGUCUAGGGCGGGCGUUGCCAUCUAUGAUCUUGAUGUUGAUGCUAUUCUUUCUGCCAUGUAUGCUGUGUCUAUUAGUGAUGAGGGUGACUGUUACCGGUGUUUCCCGCCCGACCCUGGCAUUGAGACAGCUGCUCUAGGUACUGGUGAGGCGGCUGCCCUAGGUGCUUGCGACGCUGCUGCUCUAGGUGCUAGUGCGUCUGCGUCCUCAGGUACUGGUAAGUCAGCGCUCUCAGGUACUACGUCGGCUUCGGCCUCCCUCACCUUCACCCUUGACUCUUGGGCUUCUCGCUCCUUCUUUCGGGACCGCACCACACUCCCGCCGCUUAGCCGGCCGGUUGCGGUGUCUCUGGCUGACCCCUCUGGGGGUCGUGUCCUGUCUCACUUCUCCACGGUCCUCCCGUGUCCGGCGACUCCCUUUGGCACCCUGUCUGGUUUCUACCUCCCCUCGUUCUUUACGAACCUGGUGAGUGGUGCUGAUCUACAGGAUGGGGGAGUACACCAGUUCACUCCUGCGCGUCAGCGGGUGACCCACUGCACAGAGGCUAGCACAGGCCGACACCUGGCUACGUUUACCCGUCAGCCGGGGUCGAGCCUGUACACACUGACCACUGCGUCUCCUCCAGUUGUUGAGUCUGGUAGGGUCACUGCGUCGGGUCAGGUGUUUGCUGCAGCGUCCAGGUCUGGUCCUGAGUCUGCCCCCUGUUCGUGUCGUCUCCUAUCUCACGAGACUCUCCUCUGGCACCACCGCCUUGGUCACCCCUCUCUGCUUCGGCUCAAAGGCAUGGCCACCCGUCUUCUUGUUUCUGGUCUCCCUCGGUCCCUCCCUCCCCUUCCUCAAGGCCCUGGCCCUACCUGUGUCCCUUGUAUCAAGGGGCGCCAGCGGGCUGCCCCUCACUCCUCCCAGUUUCCUCCGACAGAGGCCCCGUUGCAGACGCUUCACAUGGACGUGUGGGGCCCAGCCCGCAGCUUUGGCUCGGACUUUCCUGUUAUGCGUGUGCACUCGGACAGAGGUGGAGAGUUUUCGUCUGGCCUUCUGAGAGCCUACUGUCGCGCACGAGGAAUCCGUGAGACCUUCACGUUUCCGGACUCCCGGCAGCAAAAUGGGAUUGCUGAGCGCCGCAUUGGCAUGGUCAUGGACGUCGCUCGUACGUCUAUGAUGCAUGCGGCUGCUCCCCAUUUUCUGUGGCCGUUUGCGGUGAGGUACGCGGCGCAUCAGAUCAACCUAUACCCCAGGGUCUCCAGGCCGGAGACCUCCUCAGCCUUGCUGUGGACAGGGAAGGUUGGCGAUGCGUCGGCGUUCCGGGUCUGGGGAUCUCGGGCGUUUGUCCGCGACUUGUCUGCGGACAAGCUGUCCCCUCCUGCUGCUCCUUGCGUCUUCCUGGGGUUCCCCCCUGACGGGCCUGGGUGGCAGUUCUACCACCCCACCUCUCGCCGUGUUCUGUCCUCCCAGGACGUCACGUUUGACGAGUCGGUCCCCUACUACCGCCUCUUCCCCUACCGCACUCCGUCCCUCCCCCCGCCACCGCUCUUCCUUGUACCAGGUCCCCCUCCAGUAGACCCCCUCCCCCCUCAGGGUCCUGCCCCUUCAGGUGUAUCCCAGGUAGACGCAGUCAAGCCUGUCGAGGUCACAGGUGACUCUGGUGCUGCUGAGGGUGCUGAGCCUGGGGGUGCUGUGACUGGGGGUGCUGAGCCUGGGGGUGCUGAGCCUGGGGGUGCUCCGCCUGGGGGUUCUCCGGGUGCUUCGUCUCUGCGGGAGCCACUCUCUCCACGGGAGCUGCGUGAGUGGUUUUCCCGGCGCUGGAGACGUGCUGCUGGUGCUGGAGGUUCUUCGGCUACUGAGGGUGCUGCUGUCGCGGGUCCCGGAGGUGCUCGUACUCGGAGUACUGGAGCUGCUGGGCCUGCGGUUUCGACUGGAGCUAGUGCUGCUGAGGAUGUUGGAGCUGAGACUACUGCUGGCGGUCCUGCUGCGGGUACUCCUGGUACUGCUGGAGGUUCUGGCGCUACUGGAGGUGCAGCUGGAGCGGGUGCUCCUGCUGGGGGUGCUGGUGCUGUACCUGCUGUGUCUGGCGUCGCUGCGCGGCCUCGACUAUACUUCGUUCCACUCCUGCAGAAGGUUCUUGGUCUUCCGCCUUCUACAGGUCCUCCUCCUUCUUUAGAGUGUCCACAGCCAGUCCCGUCACAGCUACAGUUGCAGCCUACCUCCCCUUUGCCUGCUCCUUCUCCCUACACUGGUCCUACUGGAGGUCUUGCUGAGCGUCGUGAGCCUGCGUCUCGCCCUGCGUCGCCUGUCCGUGCUGCUCGCGCUAGUGGUCGUGGUUUGCGUCAGCGUCCUCGUCCUGUCCCUGGCACGCACAGGAUGUCUCUGCGUCCGUCCACUGCUCCUCUGCGUGCCCCUUUGCCUUGUCCUCCUGCGUCCUCUCUUCCUGAUUUUGCCGACCGAGAGUCGGACUCCCUUCGUGCUGCCAGUCCUACUAUCACGCGUCUCCUUGCUACUGUCGUCACUGACCCUUCCUUCGAGUCCACUGCUGCGUCUGCCUUAGUUGCUGAGCUCAUCGACUUUGCUGCUUGCUAUCGCCUAGACUACGCUGCUAGUCUUGUCGCUGAGUCAGAGUCUGUCUGUCCUCCGUCCGUCGGGGGUGAGUGUGCCCUUGGCACGGACGUCCUUGAGGACAGGCAGGAGGAGUUCCAGUGCUUGGCCGCUGCUUCACCUCAUCUCGUGUCCGUACUGCUUACCCCUGAGGGAGACCCGGAUGCACUUGACAUCCUGACUCCGCGCUCUUACGCGGAGGCGAUAGAGGGUCCCUACUCCUCUCAGUGGCAGGCAGCUAUGGAUGCAGAGAUGGCUUCCUGGAAGUCCACAGGCACCUACGUUGACGCUGUCCCCCCUCAUGGGGCGAACAUCGUCAGUGGCAUGUGGAUCUUCAGGGUGAAGCGGCCGCCGGGUUCUCCGCCUGUCUUCAAGGCGCGUUACGUGGCUCGUGGCUUCAGUCAGCGACAGGGAGUUGACUACUUUCAGACCUUCUCUCCCACCCCGAAGAUGACCACUCUUCGGGUACUGCUGCACGUUGCUGCUCACCGUGACUACGAGCUGCACUCUCUUGACUUCAGCACAGCUUUCUUGCAGGGCAGCCUGCACAAGGAGAUCAGGCUGCGCCGCCCACCUGGCUUCACUGGGUCUUUCCCUCCUAGUACUCAGUGGAGUCUACGGCGUCCAGUCUACGGUCUCCGCCAGGCGCCACGUGAGUGGCACGACACACUGAGGACUACGCUUGCGGCUCUUGGGUUUGCUCCUUCUACUGCCGACCCAUCGAUGUUUCUGCGCACCGACACCUCUCUGCCGCCGUUCUACAUCCUCGUGUACGUCGACGAUUUGGUCUUUGCCACAGCUGAUACUGCUGGACUCGCCUACGUGAAGUCCGAGCUGCAGAAGAGACACACGUGCACAGACCUGGGUGAACUGCGCAGCUACCUUGGCUUGCAGAUCACCCGGGACAGAUCAUAG